GGCUUCCCAAACAUGUUGGCCACUUUCAAGAGGACCGAGUCUGGUCCAUCAAAGUCCAAUUCCUUUAUAUUGUAGAUAUUGUUUUACAAUCAUUCUCUUGUCUUCUACUUCAUUAUCACGACUUCAUCUUCCUCGAUUUUCCCCAAAGUCCCCAUACAUUCCUGACCGUCAUGUCCUUUCUUACGUCCACGACCCGGCGUGCAAGCCGGCUGGCAUCAUCACGUCUGAUAUCGUCUCGCUCUGCCUCCAGCCGUGCAACUUUCCAGUGGGAUGACCCUCUCUCAUCACAAACCCUCCUCACCGAGGAAGAGGUCAGCAUUCAAGAGACCGCCCACGCUUAUUGCCAGGAUCGCCUUCUUCCACGCGUCCUCGACGCUUACCGCACAGAAAACUACGAUCGAUCCAUUCUCCAGGAAAUGGGCUCUCUGGGCCUACUGGGCCCGACCAUAAAGACCCACGGUUGCCCGGGCGUGAGCUCCGUCGCCUCAGGACUAAUCACCCGCGAGGUCGAACGCAUCGAUUCAGGUUACCGGAGCGGCAUGUCCGUUCAAUCGUCCCUCGUCAUGGGUCCGAUCGACCAAUUCGGAUCCCCGGCGCAAAAGGACCGCUGGCUCGAGAAACUGGGCAAGGGCGAAUCCGUAGGCUGUUUUGGGCUGACCGAGCCGAACCAUGGCUCGGAUCCAGGAUCCAUGGAAACCACGGCGCGCCCUCACCCGACCAAGAAAGGUUACUACAGUCUCUCGGGUUCCAAGACGUGGAUCACAAACUCCCCCAUCGCCGAUAUAUUACUCGUGUGGGCUAAACUCGACGGUCAAAUCAAAGGGUUCGUGAUCGAGCGCGCCGCCUGUCCUCCCGGAACACUCGAGACGCCUGCCCUCAAGAACAAGACCGGUCUCCGGGCCAGCAUAACGGGGAUGAUCCAGCUCGACAACUGUCCCGUGCCGGAGGAGAACAUGCUCAACGUGACCGGCCUCAAGGGUCCCUUUUCGUGCCUGAACUCGGCACGCUUCGGGAUCGCGUUCGGUGUGGUGGGAGCGCUCGAAGACUGUAUCGAACGCACGAGGACGUACGCCCUCGAGCGCAAACAAUUCCAGAACAACCCGUUGGCCAAGUACCAGCUGGUCCAGAAGAAGCUGGCCGACGCUUCGACGGACGCGGCGUACGGUCUGCUCGCCGCGAUUCAGGUCGGACGGGUAAAGGACAGCGAGGCCGGCUUGGCCCCGGAGAUGAUCAGUAUGAUCAAGAGACAAAACUGUGAUCGCGCGUUGCACCACUCGCGGACGCUACAGGAAAUCUUUGGAGGGAACGCGGUGAGCGACGAGUACCACAUCGGACGACACGUGGCAAAUUUGUUCGUCACCCAGACGUACGAGGGCCAAAGUGAUAUCCAUGCUUUGAUUCUAGGAAGGGCGAUUACAGGAUUGCAGGCGUUCUUUUAAAGAACAAAAAAAGACGGAAAUUUUCAUCUGUUUUCCGAUUUAGGUAGAUAUAUCUAUACAUAUUUGGAGCUUCAUGUGUAAAAAGGAACAAGAUAUUACUUUUCCAUCCCGGAAAAAACCAAAUGUCC